AUGUUUAAAUAUUACUUUCGCUUUUCAUCAGCUUCGAGCAGCUUCGUUUUUGAUGCUUUCUCUGGUUUUCCGUGGAUUAAUCUGGGCAAGGUAAGUGAUCUGCGUUGAACGUUCAGUGAAAUUCAUGCUUCAGUAUUUCUCGUAGUUUUAGAUAGCGGGAUCUUUUGUAUGUGUACAGUGUGUAUACAGUGUAUGUUGAUUAAAAAAUUCACUCUUUGCGCACCGUAUUAUAUGAUGGCCUCAGCGGUUUACAUCGUUAUCACUACCUGUCUUGGUUUCUGUUUGUUGCACCGUAUAGACUUUAUGAUGGAGAAAAGAUUUUGUUUGUUUCGACUGGCUGGUUCUUCGAAACCAAUUAAAUUUUCACAUAAAUCUCUGAAUCAAGCAACAUUUGCGUCGUAUAUUUCCUGGCUCGUCUGCUGAAUCAUUAAAACUGAACUCUAUGCGAAUUGUGAACUUUUAUGUCUUGCCCUUCACGGUCUUUUUUUCGCUAAUCAAAAAUACGUGACCAUUACCGUCUCUUAGAAAUACACUCUAGUCAUCGUGCAAGAUCAAAACAAGUCAAAACGAACGACUGCUUCGUGUUUUUAACAGGCACGCACGUACCAAUUAAAUAAAUCACAGAAAAUCUUAACAGGUUUAAUGUCUUGAGUAAAAGCAAGUAGUUGCGAAGACCUAUAACUAACAACAAAAUCUAUUUGCAGUUUCCUAGUCCCCAGGCCUCAUUAUUUCGCGCGGCCGAUGCGUUUCGGGUCACGUGGUCCGAGGGAGUUUUUGAUGCACGUCACCGAAAAUUCAUUGACCGAGAACUCCUGAGAAGACGCCGUUCAGGGACCAGGCAAUAUUUAUAGUAGAAGAGCUCCUCUGCGCAUACGCGCUAAGUCAGAAGCGUGUGCAUUGGGCAAGAUGGCUCUUGUACUGGGCAGAGAAUGAAAAAUGUAACCGUAUAACGUUUUCAGUCCCUGACCGAGCGCGAUGUUCCCAAUACAUCACAAAACGAGGCUGCAGCCCAAAAAAAAAAAAAAAAACAGUUUAUAUAGCCGGUAUCAAAUGUUCUCAACGUUCUCAGGAGCCCUGACGUUCUCAACAACAACAGAAAUCAUUUUCAGGAAUAUUCAUUUGCAGUGUGCUCAAGGGUGUUUUGCAUGUUCAUUAUUUUCUUUCACAUCUUAUAUAGUUCCAUCUAGUCACGUAUGACCAAGAUUCCCCGCGAUGGAAUCGCUACCGAGUUUGUCCCGAGAAACUUCUUCUCAAUUUGAGUCCUCGCUGACUACAAGCAUGCGCAGUUUCGUGACAAGGUUAAGUGUCAGCUGCUAUAUGACCCCACCCCCUCCCUGUCAUUCUCGACUACAGAGCCAUCGGGAAUUUUUGGUCGCGCAGAGAAGAGAGCUCUGGAAUCGAUAAAACCGCCCUAUUUGCUUGCAUCAAAAUUAAAGACCGAAAUUUAUUUUUACCCCCUUCGCCUUUUUUAUUCUUCUUGUACUCUAGUACUGUUUACUUCGACAAAAUCAAGUUAGCAAGUUGCCAAUAAAAACAAAGCGCUAGGCGAUUAGCAUAAAAAAUAUCAAGAGAAAAUGAGCCAGAUCAUUCUCUCUUGAAAUUAUACAUAGUUUUUUCUUUCCCCCUUUUUUUAAUAAUAAAGGAAAUUAAUAAAAUAGUUUAUAUCAUCUUUAAAUAAUCUUACAACUUUUGUUGGUUUCUUUUGUUCAUCGGCGAGAUUUCAAUAUAAUCAAGUAAACAAGUUAUUUUUUUGUCUGAAAAAGAAAUUUGUUGUUUGAUCGUGGCUCCUGGUGAUUUAGCAAGAUAACAAGCUGAAUGGAAAUAUCUCUUACAGUAUUGUAGGUUGGUUAUGGAAUACUCGCAGGAGCAGCUGAAUUACUUCAGACUCUGCUACAUCGCAUUUAAUCUGGUCCCAGUAGGACUGAGGCAGAUUUUCAAACAGGAAUGGGAUUUCCUUUACAGAACAACUCUACGCGGAGAAUGGAAAGACUCGCCACAAAAUGGCCGUGAUUUCUACAACAGGGAAACUAAAGCAAGUCGGAAGAGAAACGCUCGGUGCCUGGCAACAAUCCAGAAUGGUGACACGGCAGAGUGGGACUGCACCUGUUUGUUUUUUGCCAUUUUGUACUCAGACAGUAUCGGUAAAACCUUAAGUCCAGCUGUCAAUAAAGAUGUCGAUGAAAUUCGUCAAGUGCGAAACGGGAUCGCUCAUAUGACGGAAGCUAACCUGACAGAUGCCGACUUCCAAACUUCAGUAGAUCGAGUGUUGAACGCUUUUACAUCCCUCGGUCUUCCUAUAACUGAGAUCCAAGAAAUAAAGAACCAGAAGAGUUUUCCAACAAAUGAAGUGGAACAAAUUAAGAAGCAAGUUCGUGAUCUGCAAGCCGAGUUAGAUCAGACAAAAUCUGACUUGAAGGAAACAAAAAGCACACUUCAGAGUACAGAGCUUGCUCUGAUUUCUGCAAAAGACGAAAACAAGGCUCUCACACAGGAAAUAAAUGCGAAACUUCAGCCAUUUUGCUUUCUCGCAUCGCGCCCACCACACGAUGUCAUCAGGCGUACGUAUGACAUUGAAAGAAUCACAAACAAAAUGGAAGAACUUUACAGUGGUGCCAAUGGAACUGUUAGUACGGUGUAUUUGUCAGGAAAUCCAGGAUGCGGCAAGAGCCAACUUGCCCGAGAAAUCGGAAAACGGUUCUUUCCUAAACGAACCGAUGAUGUUGAAGAUCUAAACUUUGUUGCAACACUGAAUGCAGAAAGUGUUGAGACAAUUGCUGAAUCUUACAUGGCCCUUGGACGACACUUAGGGCUAACAGAAUACGCCUUGACAAGCUUAGAAUCUUUAAAAAAUGAGAAGCCUUUUGAAGCAAUUCAAAGGCUCCAUCCGCUGAUUAUGCCGAAGACUAGUAAGUUUACCAAGUGGCUAAUUAUUGUGGACAAUGUGAUUGACUUACGCUUAGUCCGCGGCUUACUGCCUCAAACUGGUAGCGAGGAAUGGGGCAAUGGUCAGGUGCUGAUUACUACUCAAGAUAGCGGAACAAUUCCCCAAAACGCUCCUCACACGCAUCAUGAAUCGUUAAGUAAAGGAAUGAUGCGUGAUGAGGCAGUGGAAUUACUGGAAAAAAUAUCGCAAAUUUCAGAUCGAGAACAAGCUGAACACGUCGCUGAACGUCUUGAUUUUCAACCACUUGCCUUAGCUGCUGCUGCUUAUUACGUGAAAACUGUUGUGAACAGUGGGUCUUCAAAUUAUGAUUGGAAAGUAUACCUUCAAGACAUAUCAACAUACGACCUACGAAAUGAGAUUGAAACUGUCCUUGCGACUGAAAGUUCCGCCUAUGCUAAAACAACAAUGGCCGCUGUUGAAAUGGCCAUCCAGAGAGCUGUCGUCGCUGACGAUGUUCUUCGCGAGACAUUCUCCUUUCUUUCGCUCUGCGCUAACGAGGAUCUCCCACUCGAAGCUGUUUUGCAGUUCGUCAAAGUUCAAGUGAAGGACCAACCAGAGGAGUUACUGAAGGCAAAGAUUGUAAGGUGCUCUUUACUUCUUGUUUAUUCCGAGGAAGUCAAUAAACAAAAAACCUAUUUGCGACUGCAUAAAAUUGUUCAUGAAGCAUUGAAACGAAACGAAAUGUUUAAUCUAAAAUCAAGGGAGACCGACCACAACAUUGCAAAAGCAGUUAAGAUUUUCCAGUCCCAACUUGAAGAAAAUAACAAGAAUAAUGCGUUUUUUAAAAAAAUGAUACCCCACUGUGAAACUUUACUUAAGUUCAUGAAGUCAGAGUUCAGUUCGGAUCCAAGCUCUUUUAAAAAAAGGUUUACGCCCUUUUUAGAUUUGGAUAGAUUUAUUGAUUGGCUAUGUACUGUCGCCUGUGACUGUCGAAAAAAUUUCUAUUUCUUCUUUGCGAAAGAUUUGGUCGAUUUAGCAUGCAACCUAUUGGAGAAUACAGACGAAACUAUUUCAGGUGCGUUAACUCGUAAAGCGAGGAUUUUCAACGUGAGUGGUGAAGUUUACGGAGACAUUGGAAGAUACAAUCAAGCCACAGAACUUCACCAAAGAGCACUGUUGAUUCUAAAAAACAUUUUCGGUGAAGAUCAUGCCUAUGUAGCAGAAACUUAUAACGACUUGGCUUUAGUGUACACCCACCUGGGAGAAUACAAUCAAGCCAAAGAACUUCACGAAAAAGCACUGAUGAUUAGGAAAAAGAUUUUCGGUGAAAAUCAUGCCUAUGUAGCACAAACUUAUAACAACUUGGCUUCAGUGUACACCCGCCUGGGAGAAUACAAUCAAGCCAAAGAACUUCACGAAAAAGCACUGAUGAUGACGAAAAAGAUUUUUGGUGAAAAUCAAGUCGCUGUAGCAACAUGUUGUAACAACUUGGCUGAAGUGUACACCCACCUGGGAGAAUACAAUCAAGCCAAAGAACUUCACGAAAAAGCACUGAUGAUUAGGAAAAAGAUUUUCGGUGAAAAUCAUGCCUAUGUAGCACAAACUUAUAACAACUUGGCUUCAGUGUACACCCGCCUGGGAGAAUACAAUCAAGCCAAAGAACUUCACGAAAAAGCACUGAUGAUGACGAAAAAGAUUUUUGGUGAAAAUCAAGUCGCUGUAGCAACAUGUUGUAACAACUUGGCUGAAGUGUACACCCACCUGGGAGAAUACAAUCAAGCCAAAGAACUUCACGAAAAAGCACUGAUGAUUAAGAAAAAGAUUUUGGGUGAAAAUCAUGCCGAUGUAGCAACAUGUUGUAACAACUUGGCUUCAGUGUACACCCGCCUGGGAGAAUACAAUCAAGCCAAAGAACUUCACGAAACAGCACUGAUGAUUAGGAAAAAGAUUUUUGGUGAAAAUAAUGCCCAUGUAGCAGCAAGUUAUAACGGCUUGGCCUUAGUGUACACCCACCUGGGAGAAUACAAUCAAGCGAAAGAACUUCACGAAAAAGCACUGAUGAUUACGAAAAAGAUUUUUGGUGAAAAUCAUGCCCAUGUAGCAACAAGUUGUAACAACUUGGCCUCAGUGUACAACAGCCUAGGAGAAUACAAUCAAGCCAAAGAACUUCACGAAAAAGCACUGAUGAUUAGGAAAAAGAUUUUCGGUGAAAGUCAUGCCAAUGUAGCAACAUGUUGUAACAACUUGGCCUUAGUGUACAACAGCCUGGGAGAAUACAAUCAAGCGAAAGAACUUCACGAAAAAGCACUUGUGAUUCUCAAAAAGACUUUCGGUGAAAAUCAUGCUAAUGUAGCAACAUGUUGUAACAACUUGGCCUUAGUGUACAACAGCCUGGGAGAAUACAAUCAAGCGAAAGAACUUCACGAAAAAGCACUGAUGAUUACGAAAAAGAUUUUCGGUGAAAAUCAUGCCGAUGUAGCAACAAGUUAUAACGGCUUGGCCUUAGUGUACACCCGCCUGGAAAAAUACAAUGAAGCCAAAGAACUUCACGAAAAAGCACUGAUGAUUACGAAAAAGAUUUUCUGUGAAAGUCAUGCCAAUGUAGCAACAUGUUGUAACAACUUGGCCUUAGUGUACACCCGCCUGGGAGAAUACAAUCAAGCCAAAGAACUUCACGAAAAAGCACUGAUGAUUACGAAAAAGAUUUUCGGUAAAAAUCAUGCUAAUGUAACAACAUGU